AUGGUGGUGGUGGCAAUCAAAGGCUCUUAUAUAGUGAAACCUGCCAAACCAACAUGGACCGGCCGCGUUUCCCUCUCUGAGUUGGAUCAAAUUGGAACAAUAACGCAUGUUCCCACUAUCUACUUCUACAAACCAUCGCCAAACUGGCUAACAUCAUCCAAUGAUGUCGUCAAUAACCUUAAAGAUUCAUUGAGAGAUGCUUUGGUGCCAUUUUAUCUACUAGCUGGCCGUUUACACUGGAUAGGCCGUGGCCGCCUCGAGCUUGAGUGCAAUGCCAUGGGUGUUAUGUUCACUGAGGCUGAAUCUGAAUCCAAGCUUGAAGAUCUUGGCGACUUCCUACCGUCUUCAGAGUACAAAUACCUAAUCCCAUAUGUUGACUAUACCGUUCCAAUACAUGACUUGCCUCUAUUAUUAGUGCAACUCACCAAGUUCCAAUGUGGUGGUAUUAGCCUAAGUUUAACAAUAUCUCAUGCUGUUGUUGAUGGGCAAAGUGCUCUUCACUUUAUGUCAGAGUGGGCAAGAAUCGCCCGUGGCGAGCCAUUAGGCAUGGUUCCUUUUCUUGACCGAAAGGUCUUGCGAGCUCGGGAUCCUCCAAUAGCUUCACAGUUUCAUCAUGCGGAGUUCGAUCUUCCACCAUUACUAUUGGGGCAGUUGAAUAACGCUGAAGAGAGAAAAAAGAAGGCAACUGUAGCCAUGUUGAGGCUAACCAAAGUUCAGGUUGAAAAUUUAAAGAAUGUGGCAAAUGAGGAAAGAAUCAGUACAGAUAGUGGUCGUGGUUAUACUAGAUAUGAGACCUUGUCUGGACAUGUUUGGAGGUCUGUUUGCAAGGCUCGUGGACACAACCCAGAGCAGCCAACUGCUCUAGGUGUUUGUGUUGAUUCACGUAAACGGAUGCAGUCACCUUUGCCUGAUGGUUACUUCGGCAAUGCUACUCUUAAUGUGAUCGCGGUUAGUCACGCCGGUAAGCUCAUGUCAAAGCCCUUGGGAUAUGCCGCAAGAAAGAUAAGGGAGGCAAUUGAAACGGUGACAAAUGCGUAUGUGAGAUCUGCGAUUGAUUUCUUGAAGAAUCAACCAAACUUGACAAGGUUUCAAGACAUUCACGCACUAGGAGGCACUGAAGGACCCUUUUACGGGAACCCAAAUAUCGGGGUGGUUAGUUGGUUAACCCUACCUAUUUAUGGCCUUGAUUUUGGGUGGGGAAAGGAGAUUUAUAUGGGACCAGGAACUCAUGAUUUUGAUGGGGACUCAUUGCUUCUGCCAAGUCCUAAUGGAGACGGGUCUGUAAUAUUAGCAAUAUGUUUGCAGGUGGCUCAUAUGGAAGCUUUUAAGAAAUACUUCUAUAAAGAUAUAUAG